AUGCCUUCUCCAAUGGCGCUUCAGUUCUCUGGUCUCUUCCUACUCUUCGUUAGUCUCAGCAUUAGACAAGCAGAUGCCGACAAUAUCAGUUCCAAUGCGAGUUCAUCUUCAAGUUGUACCGUCACUGGCCCUUCAGCUUAUCUUGGAUCUCCGAACAACCGCGUCCGUGGCUGGGUGGGCCAACCAAACAACCGGGGGACUAUCGAUAUCGUCUAUAGCUCUCUCGCUACCAUUUUCAUCUCGACGUACGUGAUGUUAUGCUUGAAUGUCCCUUCGAUAGGAGAAUCAUGGUGGAGUGUUGCUUACCGCCGGAUCCUGUGGAUGGGUGUCUCUAUUGCAGGCCCCGAAUUUGUUCUCACUGCCGCAGCUGGACAAUGGGCUGCAGCCAAAAGAUCCGUGGAAGCAUUCAGGGGUGCGGGAUAUGAGGCUUGGACGAUGAAACAUGCCUAUUUCGCGGAUAUGGGUGGCAUAGAAGUCACCCCACCAGACUUCGUUCCUUUCCGUGUCAAUGCAAAACAACUCCACUACCUCAUCACUAAAGGCUACUUGCCGUACCCGAAUAUCUUACGCAAAGAGAUCUCGGACAAGUCAAAACAGGAUACAGUCGCUAAGGUUGUAACCUGCAUACAAAUUACGUACCUCAUCCUGCAGUGUAUCGGCCGCGCCUUGCAAAGCCUUGCAAUCACGACGCUCGAGCUAUUCGCACUUGCAAUCGUGGUCUGCUCAAUAGCAACAAGCUGGUGCUGGCUGCAGAAACCAACAGACGUCGAGUUCCCCAUCAGAGUUCACAUGGAGACAAGUAUCGCCGUUGUCCUACUGGAAGGCGGCGCGUCUGCUGCGCGGCCGUAUCGACAAACGCCAUUGGAUUUCGUAGACGACCUCUGUCCAAGCUGGUCCCUAAAUAUUCAGACAUUCAUUAACAUGCCUAUUGGGCCGUACGAGCGCCCCAUUUCUCGCUUCGGUAAUGAUAGAUUUCCGUACCUCGAAUUGCGCGAUAACACGGCUCUCUUCGUUGCUACGCUGAUCUACGCGUCUAUUCAUGUGUGCGCCUGGAAUUGGACCUUCCCGUCAAGAGUUGAGAAUAUUCUGUGGCGGAUAGCCAGUAUGAUUAUACUAGGCAGCACAAUUGCUUUUUGGAUGUUCGAGAGCAUUGCUGUUUGGUACAGGUAUAACGGGGGCGAAAAGUUUUUCUAUCGAGUCUUGAAUAAGUUGGAUAGGCUGGAGGAUAUCGAAACGCUGAGAGUCAAGAAGGCCGCGAAUCCAAGAAAGCUGCCGCUCAAGGGUGAGUUCUGGAGUAUAUUCCCACUUGCACUGAUUUAUGCUAUCGCUCGCACCUAUCUCCUCGUGGAGGCUUUUGUCGGAUUGAGGGACUUGGAGGCGAGCGCGUUUGUGAAUGUUAAUUGGUCGGCAUACCUGCCUCAUGUCUAG